AACUAGCCAUUGUCUUGGUCAGUUCUUUUUCAUUUGGAAUUAUCAAUCAUGGAUGAAUUCAAACGACAACCUCGUCUUCCCAAGUUCGCUGUUCCAAAACGUUACGACAUUAAGCUUAAACCCGACCUCAUCCAAUGCCGUUUCUCCGGUUCCGUCGCCGUCGAUCUCGACAUCAUCACCGCUACUUAUUUCAUCGUUCUCAAUGCCGCUGAACUCACUGUCGCUAACGACACCGUUUCAUUCACCAACCACGAUUCCUCCAGGGUUUUCAAACCUUCAAAAGUUGAAUUGUUUGAUGAUGAUGAGAUUCUCGUCUUGGAGUUUUCAGAGGAAAUACCUAUUGGAUUGGGUCUAUUGUCUAUUCAGUUUGAUGGGAUAUUGAAUGAUAGAAUGAAAGGUUUUUACAGAAGCAAAUAUGAGCAUAACGGUGAGAAGAGGAAUAUGGCAGUUACACAGUUUGAAGCAGCUGAUGCCAGAAGAUGCUUUCCUUGUUGGGAUGAGCCUGCUUGCAAGGCCACUUUCAAGAUUACAUUGGAUGUGCCUUCCGACCUUGUUGCUCUCUCCAACAUGCCAGUUGCUGAAGAAAAAAUUGAUAACAAUUUCAAAACUGUUUCAUAUCAAGAAUCACCAAUCAUGUCAACAUAUUUGGUUGCUAUCGUCGUUGGUUUGUUUGAUUACGUGGAAGAUCAUACUCCCAAUGGGGUCAAAGUCCGAGUGUAUUGUCAAGUCGGCAAAACAAACCAAGGGAAAUUUGCACUUGAUGUUGCUGUGAAAUCUUUGGGACUUUACAAGGAUUACUUCGACACUCCUUACACCUUGCCAAAAUUGGACAUGAUUGCAAUACCUGAUUUUGCUGCUGGAGCCAUGGAGAAUUAUGGUUUGGUUACAUACCGGGAUAAUGCUUUACUCUAUGAUGAUCAGCAUUCUGCUGCCGCUAACAAACAGUCGGUUGCAAUUACCGUAGCUCAUGAACUAGCACAUCAAUGGUUUGGCAAUCUUGUUACAAUGGAGUGGUGGACCCAUUUAUGGCUGAAUGAGGGUUUUGCAACUUGGGUGAGUUAUUUAGCAGUUGAUGGCUUGUUUCCUGAGUGGAAAAUAUGGUCUCAAUUUCUUGAUGAAUCUAAGGGGGGUCUUAGACUGGAUGGGCUUGCCGGAUCCCACCCAAUUGAGGUAGAGAUAAAUCAUGCUAGCGAGAUUGAUGAGAUAUUUGACGCAAUAAGCUAUUGCAAAGGUGCAUCUGUUAUUAGGAUGCUGCAAAGCUAUCUUGGUGCUGAAAGCUUUCAGAGGUCACUAGCUUCUUAUAUAAAGAAGCACGCUUAUUCAAAUGCUAAGACUGAGGAUUUAUGGGCUGCACUUGAGGAAGGAUCUGGUGAACCUGUGAAUAAGUUAAUGACCACAUGGACUAAGCAACAAGGAUAUCCUGUUGUAUCUGUUAAAGUCAAUAAUCAGAAUUUGGAGUUUGAUCAGUCACAAUUCUUGACAAGUGGUGCUCAAGGGGAAGGCCAAUGGAUUGUUCCAAUAACACUAUGCUUUGGCUCAUAUGACGUCUGCAAAAAUUUCCUCUUCAAAACAAAAUCUGAAACGCGUGACGUUAAAGAGUUACUCGGUUCCCCCAUUGCCGAAGACGGCAAAUCUUGGAUUAAACUUAAUGUGGAGCAGGCUGGUUUCUACAGGGUGAAAUAUGAUGAGUUGCUUGCUGCUAAACUUAGAUAUGCAAUAGAGAAAAAAUUAUUGUCUCCAUCAGACCGGUUUGGAGUUUUGGAUGAUACAUUUGCACUUUGUAUGGCUCGCAAAGAAUCAUUGACCUCCUUGCUUAACUUGAUGGCAGCUUAUAGGGAGGAGGAUGAUUAUACUGUGCUCUCUAACCUGAUAUCUAUAAGUCAAAAAGUUCAACGUAUUGCAGCUGAUGCAGUUCCGGACUUACUAGAUUAUUUCAAACAGUUUUCCAUUAACCUUCUUCAGUUCUCUGCAGAGAGGCUUGGUUGGGAUCCUAAACCAGGAGAAACUCAUGAUGAUGCGUUGUUGAGAGGAAAAUUUUUGACUUCCCUUGCUGAAUUUGGACAUGAUCUGACACUGGAUGAAGCAAGCCAGCGAUUUCAGGCUUUCUUAGAAGGCAGAAAUACUCCGCUUCUUUCUCCUGAUAUAAGAAAGACAGUUUAUGUGGCUGUAAUGAGACGGACAACCAAAUCUAAUCGGUCGGGUUAUGAAUCACUUCUGGAAGUAUACAGAGAAACUGACUUAAGUCAGGAGAAAACACGUAUUUUGGGCUCGCUGUCUUCUUCAUCUGAUCCAGACCUAAUUCUUGAAGCUCUUAACUUUAUGUUAUCUUCGGAGGUCCGGAGUCAGGAUGCUGUUUAUGGACUCCGUGUCAGUCGGGAAGGAAGAGAUGUGGCUUGGUCAUGGCUUAAGGAAAAUUGGGACAACAUCUCAAAAACUUAUGGUUCUGGAUAUUUAUUAACUAACUAUGUCAGUGCAAUUGUCUCACCGUUUGCUUCCCUUGAGAAGGCGAAGGAAGUGGAGGAAUUCUUUGAUAGCCAUCCUAUGCCUGCCAUUGUUAGAACUUUAACGCAGAGCCUCGAGCGAGUUAAUAUAAAUGCAAAUUGGGUUCAGAAUGUUCAGAAUGAAAAGGGCCUUGCUGAUGUUAUAAAGGAGUUGGCUUACAGGAAAUACUAGGCCCUGUUUACCCUUGUUUGAAUAUAGUUUCACUUAAUAAUAAUGGCCGUCUCUUUCAAAGGCCCAGAAACUAAUUAAGUAAUAAUAGUUGAAUUUCUUCGGUUGAACUUGAUAUGAUAGUCUGUUUAAGGUGGACCAUUUUCUGAAUAACGCAUUUAUUAUAACCGUGAGAUUUAUACUAAUCUAGUGAGAACGGUAAUGAUUGAUAAUGCUUAGAUUUCUUGUAUUCCAAAUAAUGCUUGUUACUCUUCAAAUUAAAGAGAAUGGCAAGGAAAUUCACAACCCCCACUUUCACGUCUGCAUUUAUUUUGCGUUUCUAUUUUGUCAAAAUUUCAGAAUCAAUAUGCUAAAAAUGCUAUCAAAUCCACAGCUCAUUCACCAAAAAUGUCAUGUUCAUAGAUCAGCAUUAUUGUAGCCAAGAAUGGUCCUACUAGUGUGUACUAAUAUCAUCUGAAUCUGCGAGUCAUGCUUAUGGAAAUGAGAUAAAAUUCUAGGUGUUUCGUUGAACUUUUUCCCUUGUAUGUUUCAGUCAUUUAUUUCUAGAAAGGAAAAUAAAUCAAAUCUGUAUUUUAUGGGUAUCUUUAUUAUUUGAUGCAGCAAUAAAGUAGCUGAGUUUAAUGACAACUCUUGGUUCGGAAACUGAGGCAGAAGCAAAGACUAGUUGAUGAGUUCUUGGAGAAUUCAUGUGUUUUGUAGAAUUCAGAGAAGAAGAAAUUAUGAACCUGUAUCAGCUGAAUCAGAUAGAAUUUGAGUUAAGUUUGGAAGGACAAUGAAAGAAUUUGAGUUUGAUAAGGUUUUUUUAAUCAAGAAACAACUCAAGGUGGAAUCAAUUCUAAGGUCUGCAAUGGAAAGGCAGAAUGUAUGCAAUUUCAUUUAUGGUCAAACCGACAUAAGCAAAACAUUUACCAUGGUCAGUGAUGUCAAAAUUGUGUACAUUCUGUGUUAAUCGCUGCUCAAAGUGUGCCCGUGUAGCAAUAGUGAAUACAGAGUUACACGGCGGAUUAACACUAACAAAUACAAUGGAUGUGUUGUCCUUCUUUAUAUUGCAUGAUUAGAUACAUUACAGCUCCAACCCUUUUGAAGCCUUUUCCAUGAUGCAAUAUGUUUUUGAAAAGUGGCAGAUGAAAAUGGUUUUGAAAAGUGGUAGAUGUUAAUGAUUUUUGAAAAACAGAAUCCUAACACCAAGAGAGAGAUUUUUUGGAAUGAAAAGCGGAAGACCAUUUUCGAUGAGAAAGAGAAUCUUAAAUGAAAGAGAAUAAAAGG